UUGUCUUCACAAGCAAGACAAGUUAGUGCGUUAGUUAGUUAGUUAGUUAGUGUCUUACUAGUUAUGCUUUUCCACUACUGCCUUCCAUCUUAUGACAAUUCUGCACACAGGUAGGACAACUUCAUUUUGUUAGUGAUGCAAAACUGUUGUACCCUUUUGUUAAAAAAAAAAAAAAUCCAACGAGACUCUACAACUAAGUCAUUCUGAAUAAUCCAUUUGUAAUAUGAUUAAAUGCAUUUGUUUAAAAUGAGAGACUUGAAUGAAUGAGGAUGAUUUUAUUUUUCCCCCAACUAUUCCAAAGUUCCGCUUCACUAUCUGGAGCAACAUAAUUUUGCCCUACUAGUCUGCCAACUUUGCAUUAUCCACUACUGUAGAAAGUUGUUGUUUUGGCCACACCAAUAAGAUGUAUCAUAUUUUCAUCAGGUGGUGGUCCCUGUCAAGGGGGCAGGAGACACUUUGCGACAAUGAAGUGGAAAGGCGGGGACGGGGACCUUUUCAAGCAUUUCAAAGAUAGUUUUUACCCUUUGGACUUGUCGUGACUGAUAAAAGCCUGCUCUUGUCAUUGAACGGCUAUCAAUAAUGUAGGCGUAUUUAAGAGUGUGUGUGGGGAGAAAAAAAACAUUUCCAACUACAGUAUUCUUCCAGACAUGUCACUUAAAUCAUGGAUUGAGGAAACCUUCUCCAGGAGAGAAUGUGUGAAGUUUAUCCUCUCCUCCCGAGAUCUUCACAGAUGCUUUCCAAUAUGUCAAGUAUGUCAAAACCUGAUCAGGUGCUGUUGUGGUCGUCUAAUGGUGGAACACCUUCGGCAAGAGGCACCCGCCCCCACGGUCAUCUUUCCAGGUCCAGAACAGGAUGUGGCAGAGGACUGGUCCUUGGAGCUACACACCAAAGCCAGUCCCACCAACGCCUACGGGACCAUAGACUUCCAGAACAGUGCAACGCGUGCGUGCCGGGCCAAGUUUGUGCGUUUGGCCGUGGACUCAAAACCAGAUAUGCUGCUCCGGUUGAUGUUGAAGGAGUGGCAGAUGGAGAGACCCAAGCUCCUCCUUACUGUCCACGGAGGAGCUGAGAACUUCAAACUUCCUCCCAAAGUCAAGCAGGCUUUCAGUAAAGGCCUCAUCGCUGCGGCUCGCAGUACAGGCGCAUGGAUACUCAGUGAUGGUAUUAAUACUGGUGUUUCCAAGUACGUGGGCGAGGCUGUGAAAACAUUUGGGGGCCACAACCUGAGGAAGAGGAACACAAUCGGGAUCGCGCCGUGGGGAGUGAUCGACAACAACGCAGACCUGAUAGGAAGAGACGUCUUCAAGCCUUACCAGCCACUGGGGAAUCCUUUGAGCAAGCGGGCCUAUCUUAACAGUUUCCACUCCCACUUUCUCCUGGUGGAUGACGGAACGCUGGGAAAAUACGGUUGCCAAGAAGGCCUCAGGAAGACGCUGCAGAAACACAUUCAGCUGCUGAAGAUCCACCCUCGACUUAACCAAAGGGUGCCGAUGGUGUGUGUGGUGGUGGAAGGAGGCCCUGCCAUUGUGUCCACAGUCCUGGACUACGUCAGCAAUGACCCCCCUGUGCCGGUCUUUGUGUUUGAGGGAUCUGGAAGGGCUGCCGACCUGAUUGCCUUUUUACAUAAGCACACUGAUAGUGACAGGCAGUUGGAUGCAGACAUUCAACUGGACUUCCUUGUAAGGAUUGGGGAGGUGCUCGGAGUCGAUAGAAAGGAAGCGUCUCGUCUUUGCGCUCUCCUCCUGCAGUGUAUGGACCACAGACAGUCUAUAACCAUCUUCGAUUCAGAGUCGGAAGACCAGAUGGCCCCUGAUGCCGCCAUUUUGACCACCAUUCUGAAAGGCACAAAUGCGAGUCCUGCAGAGCAGCUGAGCAUGACUCUUGCCUGGGACAGAGCUGACAUCGCACAGAAAAACCUUCUGGUGUACGGACAACAUUGGCAGGUGGGCUCAUUGGAACAGGCCAUGCUGGAUGCUUUGGUGAUGGACCGCGUCAGUUUUGUCAAACUGCUGAUUGACAACGGGAUGACAAUGAGCCACUUCCUCACCGUGGAUCGCCUGGAGGAACUUUAUAACAUGCCUCAGGGGCAGACUGACCAUUUUCUUCAUCAUCUUGUUGAGGAUGUGAAACAGACAUCUUUACCUCAAGGCUACCGAUUGUCUCUCAUUGACAUGGGCUUGGUCAUUGAGUACCUCAUAGGAGGAGCAUACUGCAGCACUUAUACGCGCAAACACUUCCGAAGUGCCUACAACCGACUUCAGGAAAAGAAAGGUCGACGUGUCCGCAGCUCUUCCUUGUCCAAACAAAAAAUGGGAACGAUCGGCAUCUCCCGGAGGAGUGCAAGUCGUCAGGAUCCCCAUUUCUUUCGAACGGCUCAGCCUUACAAACGCAAGGAGCAGAAUGCGCCACACGGUACCAGGGAGAAUGCCGUAUUGCGCGACGGUCUUUGUGAAGCUCCACCCGUCUUUUCUUUCAACUUCAACGACGUCUUCGUGUGGGCCGUGCUUCAGCGGCGCCAGCAGCUGGCGCUGUUCCUGUGGCAGCACGGCGAAGAGGCUCUCGCCAGGGCCGCGGUGGCCCGCAAGCUUUACCGCUCCAUGGCCUUUAAGGCGCGGCAAAGCAGCUUGGACGAGCACAUCGCGGAACGCUUGAAAGCGUAUUCGCUUGAAUUUGGUCAGCUGGCAGUCAACGUCUUGGACUGUGCUUUUCGUCAGAAUGAGAAGAUGGCAAUGAAGCUGCUGACUUCUGAGAUGGAGGCGUGGAGCCACUUCACUAGCCUGCAAAUCGCAGUUUCCUCAUGUCACAGGCCCUUUGUGUCGCAUUCUUGCACCCAGACCCUCCUCACUGAUCUCUGGACGGGUCCGCUCAACAUGAGGAAAAACUCAUAUCUGAAGAUAAUUUUGAGCCUUCUUCUGCCUCCUGCCAUUCUGCUCCUGGAGUUCAAAAGUAAAGCUGAAAUGUGUCACGUUCCCCAGCCUCAUGAGGCGACUCUCUUUGGACGCGACACUCUCAAGUCAGGAGCAACUCCUGAGGAAACUGAUCACGUGGAUAACCAGGAUGCAGAGACUGGACUGCCGCCCCAGGACCAAGAUCCGGGUUAUAGGUCUGAAAGCCUUUUCCCAGUCACUUUGCAUCGUGUGUCCUGGCUCACAAGACUCUAUGAGUUCUACACAGCCCCUGUUGUUAAGUUCUGGUUCCACACAAUGUCAUACCUCGCAUUUCUGAUGUUAUUCUCCUCCACCAUCUUGGUCAAGAUGGAUGAUCAACCCGGUGUCCAGGAGUGGUUGGUCAUUUUGUAUAUUUUGACUACAGCGGUGGAGAAAACCAGAGAGGUUCUAAUGUCAGAACCAAGGAAGCUGAGCCAGAAGCUGAAAAUCUGGUUCUCGGAGUACUGGAACUUGUCUGACUUCAUCGCCAUCGCUCUCUUCCUGUUUGGUUUUGUGAUGCGUUGGCACGCUGACCCGUACCGGACAGCCGGACGCAUCGCUUACUGUCUGGAUAUUAUAUUUUGGUUUGUCAGGGUGAUGGAUCUGCUGGCUGUCAACCAACACGCCGGUCCCUACCUUACAAUGAUCACCAAAAUGACCUCGAACAUGUUCUUCAUCGUGGUCAUGAUGGCAAUUGUACUGCUCAGUUUUGGGGUGUCCAGAAAGGCCAUCCUGGCACCGGAUGAGGACCCGUCGUGGAGGUUAGCCCGUGAUGUCGUCUUCCAGCCGUACUGGAUGAUCUACGGGGAGGUCUACGCAUCAGAGAUAGAUCCGUGUGACGACGGUCAUCCAUGUGCGCCUGCUUCCUUUCUCACGGCAUUCCUUCAAGCUGUCUACAUGUUCUUUCAGUACAUAAUCAUGGUCAACAUUCUCAUUGCUUUUUUUAACAACAUCUACUUCGAUAUGGCGUCAACAUCCAACAAGUUGUGGAAGUACAACCGCUAUCGCUACAUUAUGACGUAUCAGGACCGCCCGUGGCUGCCCCCACCCCUGAUUCUUCUCAGUCACGUGGGUUUUGGGGUGAGGGCCAUUUACAAGCAACUGAAUGGAAAUGCUGAGGGAGAUGAAAGAAGCUCUGGACUGAAGCUCUACUUGGGCCACGACGACCGCAAGAGGCUCCAUGAGUUUGAGGAGAAAUGCGUACAGGCCUACCUUCAUGAGAAGAAUGAAGAUCUCCACAGCAGUCAGAUGAACAGGAUCCGAGUCACGGCCGACAGAGCAGAAGAGAUGCGCACGAUGGUGGACGAUGUCUCCGAGAAGAUCAACGUCAUUCAGGACAGCCUCCUGGAGCUGGACUCUCAACUGGGUCAACUUCAGGAUCUUUCGGCGCUGGCCGUGGACACACUGACGCUCCUCUCGGCCUCCGACAACCUCCAUCAGGAGGAGGCUCGCCUGGCUCAGUCCCAACCGAUCCAAACGUCUCAACGCGUCCUCCCUCACAGCUGGACCCUGCACCACAGAGGCGCCGCCGACUGCGAUACGAGACGACUGAUGAGCAAGCUUUGUAAAAGUGCUCCGCCGUCAUGGAUCAAAGGCUGGACUCUCAGACAUGUGCCGCAGGAGGAGUCCCACAUGGGUGGCGGAGGGAUAGAAGGCCAGACGCAGGAGGGACAAAAAGAGGGAUCACAGUUGCCUGAAGUACCCCAUCCCAGUGAGUCCUCUGUGGGCCUUUCUCAACCUGAGCCGCUCCCUACAGUUUUGCACCUCCAUGGACUUGGAAGCCAUCUUUGUGGUUUCGGUGAUCCUUAUGAGUCACGUGGACCCUCCCGCUGUGGGUCUCUGCUUUCUCUCAAGUUCUCCGAAAGAGGACUGGAGUCACCGCACUCUAAACUGUGGAGCUGUGACCUCCACUUAUACCCGAAUUGUGAGGAAAAUGACAUGGAGGAGGAGGAAGAAGAAGGCAACGAAAAUGACGACCACAAAGACCAGAAUGAGCCAGCGCAUGGACGCCGCUACAAUCUCGAAGUAUGGAGACCUACCAGCAACGUUGACCUUCCCGAGCCCGCAAACAUUUCAGAGGAUCUUGAACAUUCCGACUUCCGCCAAGAAGAUCCCCAACUUAUUUGCCAAAACAGACCUUCUGUAAAAUCUCCGAGGUCAGCCUGUCGGUCAAGAGACUUCCCUCACGGCUGCUGCAGAUCUUUGUCAUCCAGUGUGGAGAAUAUGACUUUCUCUGGGGCAUCCCCGAUUCCACGGGGGGGAUCCUUUCCCUACCUUAACCAAGCACUGAACAAGCAAGGCGAUAAAAGAAGUUUCGGAGAUGACACGUCGCUGCAGUGUAGCAGGAGCAGAGAGUGGUCCAAGUCAUCUGACUUCCUGAACAGAAGUAGAAGCUCAAAUAGGAAAGCUGACAAAAUACAAGAAAGCGGCCCAGACAGCGGAAGCAUGCACACCUUUUUGUCUGACGCUUGCUGCAAAAGAUGGCAAAGGCUGAAAGGAGCAGCUGCAUGUUUGUCAGCGUCAACGAGCCUCAGCCAACUGAGUUUUGAACCCCUGGAUUUCCAGAAGCAAGUUUUUUCUCAUCAGGACGUUUUGAGCCCCUCUCACUCAGCAUGGAACAGCUGGGCGAGACCAGCGAGUCGCAGAUCUUCGUUGCAGAAUGGCAUUAACGCUGAAGGGAGUUCCUCAUUCCAGUCCACAGAUAUGUUGUAUCCACAUUACUCAGCCGUGGAAAGAAACAAUCUGAUGAGACUGGCUCACACCAUCCCUUUUACUCCUGUUUCCAUUCUCGGCGCUGAAGAGGUGAGCAUUUACUGUUUGGAGGAAGUUGGGUCAGAGGCCAAGCAUGAGUCCGGCGCGGUCUCCCGGUGGUCCUCGCGAGGCCUGUCCGCAAUGCUCCAGCGUCUCCCGAGCGAAGCGGGAUCGCUGGACGGGGGUCUGCGGCAGGGCUGCAGGGUGCUCUGCACCUGGGCCCAGCAGGACGUGCUCAUACCUGGGACGGUGUACGUUGUCAAAGCCUUCAGACCCGAGGUAGUGUCUGCCUGGCACAAGUACUUUCAUGGUAGCACUGCGCUGCAGCUAUGUUUGAGGGAGAUCCAGCAGCAGCGGGCUGCCCACAGGAUGAUGCAAGUUUUCAACCACAUCAAACCUGCCGGCAUUAAACACUCGCCCAAAUUUCUGGACGUCUCAUUGGUCCGUUGGCAUUCAAAUGGCCAGUGGCUGACUAUCGAAAGGAACAUGGUCGGCAACUUCCGGAAGUACAACAACAACACAGGAGAGGAGAUCACACCUUCCUGUCCGCUGGAGGAGCUCCUCCUAGCGUUCUCCCACUGGACCUACGAGUACUCGCGCGAGGAACUGCUGGUGCUCGACGUACAGGGUGUAGGCGAGGAGCUGACGGAUCCAACAGUCGUUAUGGCAGAAACGGGCAGCGGCGGCGCGAGCGAGAUGCUGUUUGGUCCCGACAACCUCGGCGUUUCCGCCAUCGAGGCUUUCCUGCAAAAACACUCCUGCGGCGCUUUCUGCCAUGCGUUGGGCCUCUCAGCUUUCAGGCGCCAUCCCGACACGUUCAGGAGCAGCAGUUGGGCAGAGCCCGCGCCGGGGGGUGGCGGACGACCGGCCUCAAAGCCUCAGGAGGCCGGAGUGGUCCAGGAUGUCCAGGAGUCGGAUGUGCAAAUACGUAGCGACGGGAGGGAUGAGGCCGUACAGUACGGGCAAUGAUUCGGCUCUUUUGAAGAUUUCAACGUUUACCUUCUACUGAGAUGAACUUUCUUUUCUCGUCUUGCUCUCCGCUGGAGCAAAUUCCCGCCGCUCUGAAGUCGACUUCCCCUCACACGAGGGAAUUCGUGGGCCGCAGUUUGGGGGAAUUUGCUCCAACUCGGGAGUUUCUGAUUGGUUGUUCCUCGAUGAUUGUUCAAAAGCAAUCAGGCUUUUUCAGAUUUUGUUAUUGCAGCAACAAUAUAAAAUAUUCCUGUAUAUAUCCUCGCCUUGAAAAGUAGUUCUUUGUGUCCCCCCCCCGUUGUACUUUACAUGUCUACAUGUUACCGUCAGAAGGACGCUCUUCCUUCUAUACAUAUGAACAAAAUCCAGACAAGGCUUCUAUAUAUAAACAAACAAAAAUGGACUCCCAGUUUUACCCAAUAUUCCUUUACAAGUCUUAACUUUAGAAAUUCUGUACACAAGAAACUAUCAGUUAAAAUAAUAAUAAUAAUAAAAAAAAAACACUUACAGUGUAGACAAGGAAUAAUCAGCCACGGA